UCUCCUUUUUUCAGUCUGAGGGCUUUUUAAAAAAGAGCCAGAAGCUUCAAUGUUGGAUGCCGUGCUAUGACAACGUCACUGCUCCUCCGUCCUCGCUGGGUCGACCCGUCGGUGAUGUUCCUCUACGACAACGGCGGCGGUUCCGAUGAAGUGAGCAAGAACAUGGAGGGUUUUGCUGGGGGCAACUUUGCUGCGAACCAGUGCAGGAAUCUGAUGGCGCACCCCGCAUCACUGGCACCCAGCACGGCUUACUCGUCCAGCGACGUGCACACCUCCGGGAUGGGCGAGCCUGUGAAACAGUGCAGCCCCUGCUCCGCAGCUCAGAAUUCAUCCAGCGCGUCCCUGCCGUACGGGUACUUCGGUUACCCGUGCAGAAUGUCGCAUCACAGCAGCAUAAAGUCCUGCGGAGCGCAGCCACCCUCCGCCUAUGGAGAGAAAUACAUGGACACGUCCGCCUCAGGCGACGAUUUCGCCUCCCGGGCAAAGGAAUUUGCUUUUUACCCAACUUACCCUUCUGGCCCAUACCAACCUGUCCCCAGUUACCUGGACGUCCCUGUGGUGCCAACAAUCAGUGCGUCUUCAGAGGCCAGACACGAAUCUCUUCUGCCUAUGGAGAGCUACCAACCGUGGACUCUCGCUUCCAACGGCUGGAACAGUCAGGUUUACUGCGCCAAGGAGCAGCCUCAGCCCGGACACAUGUGGAAAUCCUCCAUACCAGACGCAGUGUCUCACGCCGGGGGGGACUCCGGGUCUUAUCGACGUGGAAGAAAGAAGCGUGUGCCAUACACCAAGGUGCAACUGAAGGAACUCGAGCGCGAGUACGCCGCCAAUAAAUUUAUCACAAAGGACAAAAGGAGGAGGAUAUCUGCUCAGACCAACCUGUCCGAGCGACAAGUCACGAUAUGGUUUCAAAACAGACGCGUAAAGGAGAAGAAAGUCGUCAACAAACUGAAAACUAUCAGCUAGUUUUUUUUGUUUGCUUUAAUACUUGUUUGUUUGUUUUCUGAGGUUUUUUGUUUUUUGAUUUUUUUUUUUGAUGACGGACAAAAUCAACGGGAAAUAAACAACCACACACACACACACACACACACACACACACACACACACACACACACACACACACACACACACACACACACACACACACACACACAAGAACAUACGGAUUAAGACAACCAGCUCCUUCCUGGCCGAAUAUGAUUCAUAUGUAUGUAGGCAAAUGUUUUCCCGGAGAUCCACAGGCAAACUUUCCGGGCCCACCUCUUCCUGCUACUUGUUGUUAAAUAUUGUUAAGAGACUCAAGUUGGAGAAAAGAGAAAAUGUAUAGCUGCAGUACGUGUGACUUCUUUGUUUUUGUUUUGUUUUUGUUUUUUGGCAUGCUCACUCUCAAAGUGACCUCAGGUGUGUGCGCCACCGAGCUACACCUUUAUCUAGACUACAACUUUAACGAGAGUGAUAAGUGGAAAUUUAACAGGAAGUGACGAUGUUAUGGAUUUGGACCUUGGGGAUGUUAAAUAUUAAUAAUCCCAGCUUUUUCUUUUUUUUUUUAAGCCUACUCACAUGCUUAGCUUGUAUGAAGUUUAGUCUUAUAUGAACCCGUGCUCUCAUGCAUAUCCAGUCCAUGGUGCAAUUCCUAUUAUCAUGCUUAGAUAAUCGUCAUGUGAUUGAUAUGCGUUCAUGUCAAUCAUAGCUUUUAUAAUGUGUGCGUUUUUUGUGUUUGUAUAUAAGUGUAAAAGUAAAUUCCGGCAUGAUAUCAAGGUUGUGUAUGAGUCCAAUAUGUCGGUGUUAAAGUCCGUCCCAAUAAAACAUGGACUUGGUUGAAUUUUAUGUAUGUUUUCAUCGUUUGAGUCAUUGUAGCUCAGUUUAAUACCAACAUUAUUUUGUUUUACACCCAUUUACGUCAUUUUUUGUUUUUUAAAAAAUGAAAUUGUACGUUUUCCGUUUUUACUACAUUUGAAUUUAAAAUGUGAUGAAGGCCCACACACUCGCUGCAUGAGAUAGCCUGAUUGUACAGUUAUACUAUCUUGUCGUGGCGUUGCUGGAUUUGAAGUGAGCUUGAUCCAGAAAUGCUAUAUACAAAUUCUGUUUAGAAAGUCAAAUAUUUGA